AUGAAUAAUACAGAACAAAAUUAGACCCCUGGCAAUACUGGGAAGGUCUAUCCAAGCGGCUAUGCUGAAUAUGAAUUAUUAAGUUACAAAGAAAAGCCUACACCUAGAGAAGACUUAGAGUUAAUCUAAUAUGGGGAAAUUGGAGUAAGAUAUUUGUUAUAUACAUCUAGAAUGAUGAUUAAAAAAUAAAAGCCUAACUAGUAGGAAGCAAGGAUUAAUUGAAUAAAUGGAUGAUUCAAUUCAAACAAUAGAAAUAAGGAGAUAACAAAAUGACAAAUAAGGCUGAGUAUGAGAGUCGUUUAGAGAGGUAUAAAUUAUUAGUAUUUUAGCAUAUACUCAGGUAUGAUUUUACUUCGAAGAUUAACAAGACUGAUAUUAUAAUUUCUGUUUAUAGGUCUUGUAGUUGGAUUUUUCGCAUGGGGAUAUUUCGUAACAGUGAAAAACUCAUCUUGGAGUGCUGAAAAAGAUAUUACCAAUAUUGACAUAUAUGUAGGAAAUUGUUUCCUUAAUGUGAGUCAAUCUGAUGAUUAUUUGAAAGUAAAAUUUCAAAAUCACAUUUUAGUUUGAUUUUAAAGCUAAGGGUAGUAUGGGAAAAUAAGUUAAUGGAUCUGAUGAGUUUAGAAUAAUGGGGUAAAUUUUAGACACAGGUGUAGCAAACUUGACAUUUUAUGAUCCAAAUGCUGAUGUAUCAAUUUUAUAAUAUAAAUUAGCAAAGAACAUGUAUGAUUGAUUUGCAACUGCCAAAAUAAAUUGAUAAUUUAAAAAUUGUUUGUAGAUAUGAAUCUGAAUGUGUAAUGGCAUUCGGAUAAGAGGAGUUAGCAAUUAAUACAUUGUUUAACGCUACAUCAGAACCUAAAGCAAAAAUGUAGAUUAAUUUGAGAAAUAUAAAAACAGAAAGUUUUAUAUUUAAUUCUGAAUCAACUGGCAAUCUAUUUUUGAAUCAUUUUUUAAUCACUGAAGGUAACAUUAGAAUGCUCAGUGGUGAUAUAAUCAUUCAAUCAACAAAAUCAUACUUUUUAAAUUAUUCAUCACAGUCCUAAGCUGUUUGUACAACAGGAUUUUAAAUUUUAAAUAGAGUCUAAGAAAAUUGUUAUAUAGAAGAAAAUUAAAAAGAUAUGGUAGGUAAAACUUGUACAGGUUAGAUGAACUUAUGUGAAUAAGAAUCUUGUGAUAUGUUAUAAACUAUAAAUAUAAUUGGUAAUUCAAGCACAAUUUAUGCAAAUAUAUUAGAAGAUAUAGGAAAACCUUUAAUAAAAGGCGUUAAUGAAUUUUAAUAUUUCCAAACUUAUCCAUUUAUAUCUGGAAAUUUAAAUUUUGACUAAGAAUCUUAGCUUAAGAUAUAAUAAUUUAUGAAUAAUAGUGGUUCUGCUGAUGUUGCUGUAAGACUAGAUGUUGGAGGACAUUAUUUAUUACAACAUACUUAUAGUACUUAUUGGUCCUUUUUUAGUAAUCCAUCAUAUGCAGCAUUUUAACCAUGGUGGUUAUCUGCCUUUUCAGCUACUUUUUUAAAUCCUACAUUUAUGCAUUUUUAAGUUAGUACAGAUCCAGGAUUAUGUCCUUGGAAUCCAGCUUUAAAUGCUAGAUAAACAUUAACAAUUUAAGAAUUAAUUAAAAGAACUUUUAAUACAACAUUUGGUGAAGCUAUAUUUAUUUAAAAAGAUAAUUUUAUUAAACAAAAUGAAACAUUAAAUGAAAAUCUUACUUAUCCUGGUUUUGAACCAUUAGAAGAAAAAUAAAGAGGAAAAUAUGAAAAUUGGUCAACUAUAUAAAAUAUUGCUAAUAAUAUUGUUUAUUAACCUUUAUAAUAUGAUCCUUUUUUUAUAGCAGCAAUUGCUUUGUCAUUAUUAUCCUCUUUAAUAUUUGGUCUAGUUUGUGUAUUUGUAUUGAUAGUUUCAUUAUAAGGAUUAGAAUCAUAUGUUUUAGAGACUUCUUCAUAAUUUUAAAAUUAUAGUGCAACAACUUCAUAAAGUACAAAAGAUAAAUUAGCAGAAAUAGCAAAAAGAAUGAUUUAAAAAUUAGAUCAACUUGCUUCUAAAAAAGAUCCUCCUAUUUUAUUAGGAGUGUUAUCAUAUAUUUUUUAUGUUUUUGGUUAAUCUUCAUUUAAGAGUGCUCCAAAAAUGUUUUGUAAAACAAUUUUUAAAAAAAGUAAUUUAUUAUAAACAGAAUAAUAUUAUAAACAAACUUUGGAUAAACAAUAUUUAAGCAUUGAUGAAGAAGAAGUUAAAGAAUAAUAUGAAUAAUUCUGUUUCUUAAAUAAGCUUACAAUUGAACCAUUAUCAUAAUAAGAAUAAUUGUUAGAACAAUAUGGUUUUGAAUUUGCAGAAAAAGAUGAUGUUUUAAUAUUAUCUAAAAUUAAAUUUAAUUAAAAUGCUAAAUCAUAUUAAGAACUUAGCGAUGAAGAAAAAACAUCUGGAAAUUCAUUAGAACUUUUUAUGGCAACUUAAUGUUUAUUAACAGGAAUUCCAGCUGAUAUUGUUCCAUCUGAUAAACUUGAAAAAGCAUAUCAUAAAUUCUGUGGUAAAACAUUAAAAGUUGAAUAAUUUAAUGUUAAAGAUAUUUCAAACGAUUAUGGUCUCUUGAUUUCUGAUCUUAAAGCAUUUGAAUUAAGAAAAGUUAAAACUGGUAUUUAAUAAAGAUAAUCAUGGUAUAUUAGAUUCUUAGGUAGAUGUACUCAUUAUAUCCCAUUUAUUGAGGAUUAUUAUCUUGAAUAACCAGUAUUUUUAUUAAGAAGAAACACUGAAAUCAAUAAAUUUUAAUAAAAUCCAAUUAAAACUAUGGGUGCUAAAUAACUAAAUAAUCAUUUAUUCUAUUACAAUUAUCCUUUCAUGUUUAUACAAAGUCUGAUUUUUAAUUAUAAAACAAGAAUCUUUAAUAGAGAAUAUUCUUAUAGAGAAAAUUUUGAAGGAAAUGUUUUGAUGGAUUAUUUUGAUGCACUAUAUAUGAACGGAUGGAUUAUGUCAGAUAUAAGUGUCGUUUUGGGAAACUUUUUAGUUACUGCAAUAACCAUAGUUCCAUUACUUUAUUUUAUCAUUAUUAUUAAUACAUCCUAUUCACCUUUCUCUAUUUAUGAUCCUAAAAAUUUAUUAUUUAUUGAUGAUGCUUUAAGUAGACCUUGGACUAUAACCGAUUAUUUUGGCAUAUUAGAUUAUUGGGUUUUAGUUCUAGGUAUUUUAUUAGCUUAUUAUGCAAUUAUUACAUUUUUAUUCUAAAGUGUUAAAUAUUUAUUAUCUUACUUCCCAGAUGAGGUAGGUUAUAUGUGGGAAUUUAAAUUGUACUAAAAUAAAUUAAUGAAAUAUUUUAAUUGGUUUUAAUGGAUACAAUUUUUAAUUUUAGCUUUUAGUGUAUUCUUUUAUUUUGGAUUAAUUAUAGUAUGGCUUCUUUUAGGAGCAAUCAUAAACCCUAAUUUUUAUCUCGUUUAUUCAUCAUCAGCCUUAUCAUUAGUUGCAUUUAUUGCUGCUUAAAUUUCAUAAAUCAAAUCAACUUAUGAAUAAGCUUGUAGUGAAAUUAAAAAAAUUAUUAAUGAAAUUUAUUUAAGAACUUUUGGUUAAUUAGCUGGAGCUAUCAUAAAAGAAAUCUAAAAAUUAACAGAUUUAUCAACAACUAUUAUUAAUUCAACUAAUAUGGAUGCAGCUAAGGAUAUGGCUGAAAAUUUAGGUUUUGGAGAAGAAUUAAAUGAAUUGUGUAUUUUAACUUAAGGAAUGAUAGACAAUGCUGGCUCUACUGAUUUAAAUUAAGAUUAAAUAAAUUUUAAGUAAAUUAAAGAUAAAUUUAUUUAAAAAGCUUGUGAAAAAUUUAUAAGAAUUGCAAAAGAUUAAUUUGAAGUUCCUGAAAUUAUUGCAGAAUAAUUAGUUAAGGCUAACUUUGUAAAAUUUGAUGAAAUUAUAGAUCCUUUGGCAAAUCAAAUAUAAAUUUAAAGUUAAAACAAGAUUCCAGCUGCUAUUGUUAAAUGGAUUUAUUAAACAUCUGUUAAAUUAAGUAGAGUAUUUUCUAAAAAGACUCCAGAAGAACAAAGAAAGGAAUUAUAAAUUCAUUUACCAAUUAUUAGUGUAUUUUUAUUAGAUGCAGUUAUUGAUGGUAUGAUGCUCCAAACAUAAAUUGAUGAUAAAGGAGCUAGUCAAUAAGCAUUCAAGAGUGUAUUACUUUCACUUUUUAAUCUUAUGAUGGAUAGCACACCUAAAAAUAUAUUAAUUUAAGUCAAAAAAUUAUUUGAAAAUAUUAAAGAUUUUGUUGCAAUUUCUCCAGUUCCUUUAUAAGCUUUAGAAAUGAUAUUUGAAUAUGCUCAAUCUUUAAAUGAAAAUACAAAUAUUGAAGAAUCAAAAUAAGGAUUAAUCAAAUAAUUGUUAUCAUUAUUUAAUAUAGAUUAAGAUUUAGCUGCUGUAUAUCAACUAUUAUUUUCGAAGUAACAAUCCUUAUUUAUUGAUAAAGAAAUGUAAUUAACUCCUACUGAAUAAGCUGGAGUCAUUAUUAGAUUAUUUGAUAAGUAUUUCAUAAAAGAAAAUAUGGAUCAAACCCUCAAAGCCAAAUUUGAAAUUUUCAUACUUUUUGCUAUGAAAUUUUUAAAGAAUGAUAAGCCUCCUCUUUCUGAUUUAGUAAAAUUACUUGCAUAAAUUUAUCCAGGAGAUGAUGGAGAAAAUGAAGAAUAUUUUGAGAAAUUAUUAGAAUAAAAUUAUAAUCUUUUAAAUGUAGGAUUUUCAAGUUUAUAACUAUGCACUAAAAAUUGGAAAUAAGAAUUACCGAUCAAUUUAUAAGGUAAGUCUCUUGAAUUAGUUUUUGAUAUUUUGUAUGUAUCAAGUAGAUUCCUAUGGUCAUCAAGCAUUUUAGAAAAAAAUAAUACUGAUAACGAACCUACAUAAAAUUAGAAUGGAUCAUGGAGUGAAUAAAUAUUUUCUAAACCAGCUGCAUAAAUUGUACUUAGAAAAGACAAAUUAAAUAAUAGAGACAUUAUUGAAUUAAUAUCUUUAGCAUUCUAAAUUUCAGAAAAUGCAGUUAUUGGAUUAAUUUUAAUUUUAAGAAGUGAGAUCUAGAAUACUAUUUAUCAUGAUGCUAUUUAUUAUGAAUUAGUUAAAAUAACAUCAAAGAGUUAAGAUAGUCAAAUUCAUCAUGUGAAAUUCAUUUUUGAAUUACUUUCAUAAACAAAUUUCGAAGAUAUUUUUGUAUUUUUAUACUCAUCUUAAUACCUUUACAAAUCAUUGAUUGAUAAGCUUUUAGAAAUAAUAUUUUCAUCAAAAGGAAUGUUUAGAGUAUUUAAUGGAUUUUUGGUAAUUGAAAAAAUAUUAGAUCAAAGUUUAAAGAAUUAUGUUGUUGAUGAUUCUAAAUUAAAAAACUAUCUUGCUAUGGCUAAAUUAUAAAUUUUUGGUAAAGCAUUCUAUGAUGAAUUAAAUAGAGACCCUAAAUUUAAGGAAUAAAUAAAUAAAAUUUGGAAUAAUGAUUAAAAGUUAUAAUUUUAAUUAAAUUAAUAACAAGACGAUGAUGAAGAUUAAUUGGUUAAUCAUUAUAAAGCAGAGAAGAUUACAUUUUUCACCUUCCUAAAGAAAUCAUUGAGAGAUGAAAAAUCAAAUAAAUAACAAAAGACAGAUUUCUUAGCAGAAUUAUCUAAUUAGAUUCCUCUUAAAUUAGAAUAUUUAUAUAUGAUGUUAGAAUAAUAGUAAGGUGUAUUAUCUAAUAAUACAUUAAAUUCUCCUCUACUUAAUGGAUUAAAAGUUGAGCCAUUUAAAAAUUUAUUAGUUCUAAUUACAUUUAAAGAUGUAGCAAGUGUAUCAAAAGCAAUUAAAUACUUUAUUAGUUAUCAUCCUAAAUCAUAUGAAAGUAUUGAUCUAAAUAAGAUGUAAAUAGAACUUUAAAAAAUAAUUGAUGUUGAAUAAAAUAUAGCAUCUUUCUAAUUGCCAAAUACAAUACCUUAUUAAUUCUAAAAAUUAAUGAAUUUGUUUGUUAAUUAAAUUUUCCAAACUAGACAAUCUAUUAAUUCAUCCCUAUAUAGUGACUUAUUUAAUUACAUUAAAUAUGAAUUAGAUAGAUUUAAAAUAGAUUAUGAUAGCAAAAAAAAGUUUGAAUUAGCUCCGGUUGUUGUAAAUGAAAACACCAAAUUAAAUUAAGAUUAAGUUAAAAAUCUUUAAGAUUUGAUUCCAUUUACUGAAAAGUUUGUUAGAAUGAUGUUUAAUUAAAAUUGUGUUAUAAGAAAUAAGGCAAUAAUUGAAGUCUUAUCCUUAUUAUAUCCAAAACCUUAAGGAAAUAAAGCAUUGAAGGAAAAGGAUUAUUAAAAAUAAAUAACUAAUCUUUAAAAGUUUAUAUCUGGAAUGAUGGAUAAAAAUUAUGAAAUUGUACUUUCAUAUUUAAUUAAUUAUUGUGAUCAUAUUCAAGAAAAUAAAUUUAGAAAAUUAUUCAAAAAAGUAUUGGCUAUUGUAAGGGGUUUUGUUACUUUAGAGGCAGUUGAAGAAAACGAUUUUUAAACAAAAUAAUUGAUAUGGGCAACAUAACAAUUUAAAUAUUUUAUUAGUUCAGAUUUAGAUUGUUUCAUGGAACUACUUUAAACUUAUUUUAGCACUGUUUUAAGUGCAGAAAAACCAAAUUAAAAUGCUAUAUCAGGAUUAUUCAGCUUAAUGACUCCAAAACCAGAUUUCGAUAUAUUAGUCAAUAUAUUUGAUUUUGAAGAAGAAGCAAUAAAAUUUGCAUAAUUUUUAGUAUCUGCAAUAUUUUCUGAAAAUAAAUCAAAAUUAUUAUAAGAUCCAAAAGUUCAUAAUUUGAUAGAUAAAAAGUUUGGAAUAAAGGAAGUAUCUCCUCUAAUUGAUUUAUCAGAAAUUCUAGAAUCAAAUUCAAUGGAUUCAAAAUCAUUAAUUAUAAAAUUAAAAAUAGAAUAAAAUCCUACUGCUUCAAAAUUAUUUAAAGUUGUAUUUGCAUUUAAAAGAUAAUAAGUUAAAGGGGAGUCUUGGAAAUCAUUGUAAGAUAAUUUUAAUAUAUUGGCUGAUUAAAGAGCAGAAAUAUUUAAAUAAGAUAAAGAGAAUAAGAAAUAAUAAGGAUAAUAAAAUGACCUUAGUUUACCAGAAGUAUUAGAAGUUUUACAUUGGUUCUCACAUCCUAGACCAACAAAUUUCUUAUAUUUAUUAGAUAGAUUACAUAUACUUGAUUAAUAGGAACCAGCAGCAAUAUUUGCAGCAGCAAUUGUAGGUAUAGCUAAAUAUGAUAAAUUUGAUUGGUAUAAAGACAAACAACCAGAAUAAAUAAGAAAUAGAUCAGAUACACUUUAAAAAUUAUCUUAAAAAUCUGUUGAUAAAGCAUUACUUUAUAUAACAUAAACUAGUGAUUAAGAUGUUUAAGAAGCAUUUAGUCUUUUAUAAUUAGCAGCUGGUAUUAAUCCAGUAUUAAUAAGUGCAAUAUUCAAUGAAAAUCAAAAUUCAAAUCCAUGUUUAGAAUAGAUUCUUUAAUCUGAACCAACUAAUAAUUAAUAAGUGAUUAAAGAAUUUAUGAAGAAAUUUGAUACAUUUACAUAUGAUGCAAUUACUUUGAUUAAAAUAAUUGAAUUCGAAACUGUUAAGAAUUCAUAACAUGAAAAAUUAAGUCCUGAUUAAAUUAAUGAAUUUCUUAAAUCACUUUCUUUAAGUUAAACUUAAUUAACUAUUAUUGAAAACUUUUUGAAAGGAUAAGCAAAAGGAAAAGUUUAAUAAUAUUUCCCAUUGUCAUCAUUAGUUUUAAUUUUUGCAUUAAAAUAAAUGAGAUAAAUCAAAAAGAGAAAAGAUAGAGCUGUAGCCUAAUACAUUAAAGGAUAAUUUUGCAUCAAUAUUGCAUUUACUGUUUUUGAAAAAUAUCUUUAUUUCUAUGAUAAUAAAAACCUUACCAAUUUAAAUAAACCUGCUUUAGUAAAACUGUUAACUUUAGGAAUAUUUGAUACAACUAAAUUAAGAUCAUCUGAUUAAUAGAUUGAUUAUGUUAAGUUAGAAGGUAUACUAUAUCCUGGUAUAAGUGAUCCUUUAUUAGAAAUAAGAGGUGCAAAGUUUAAUUACACAACUUAAAAAUCAGAUAGUUUAAUUGAACUUUCUAAAAAUUUCAAUGAUUAAUAUGAGGAAUAUUGUAAAUUGUUUUACAGAAUUUUACCUGAUCAAAAUGGUUAAAUAGAUAAUAGACCUGAAUUUGAUAAUUACAAUCAAUUUUGGACAGCCUUAUUUAAAGAAAAUAGUAAUGCUAAUAUACCUGCAAUUUCAAUGAUCUAUGUAAAUAGUAAAUCAAAUAAAAAUAAUUAAAAGGAUUACUUUGAUGAAUAAAAUAAAAGUUUACCAAAAGAAUUAUAGAAAUUAUAAUUACAAUACUCAUUAAUUAAUAAAUUAAUUCAAUUAAAUAUAUCUUAAUAUGGAUAUAUAAGAUCUAAAUAUUGGGAUAAAUCCUUAGAAUUAAUAAAAAAAUAAAUAUUUAAGUAAAGUGAAAUUGAAGUAUUAGAAAGUGAUUAAUCUUCUGAAUAAACUUAAUAAAUUAUGAUUUCUUUAAUGUAAUAUUACGCUGGAUAAUUUACUGUAUCUUAAAAAGAAAAUGAAAAUUAAGGAUAAUAACAAUAAUAAUAAUAAUAAUAAUAAUAAUAAUAAUAAUAAUAAUAAUAAGCAUAAAAACCUAAAGAAACAGAUAUUAAACUUUUAGAAGGAAUAUUUGGUGCAGGAAAUAAAUAAAGAAGUUAACCUAAAUUUAGGGGAACAAAAUAAAAAAUGCCUGUUAAUUUAAAUAUAUUAAUAGAUAAUUUAUUAGGUUUAACUUUAAAUGAAACAGAAAGAAAAGAAUUAAAACCUUUAGUAGAUUUAUUCUAUAAUCCAAAGGCUAUGGAUACUGCAUUUAUUACAAAAACAUGGGGAAAUGAUUACUUAAUAAUGGAUGCAGUUAUGUUGAUGUUGGUAAGGGUUUAAUUAGAAAAUUCAAAAGCUACUGGUAAAUUCUCAUAAUUAGCUACAAGAGUUCCAGCUUGUUAUUUAUAUUAUUCUAUCGGAGAUUAAUAUGAAAAUCUAAAUCAAGAAGAUUUGAAUUAGUUUAAAAAUAAUAGUGAUAUUUUAAAUUUAGGAAUUGAAGAAAUAAUAUAAGAUUGCAAUGAAAUUCAACCUUCAAUUAAAUCACCAUUAAAAUUAAUGAUAAGAUGUUUUUUGGGGGAUGUUGAAGCUUGGUAUGCUUUAAUAGCAUUUAGUAGAAAAUAAGAUGGAGUAGAUACAUAAUUAUUAUCUGAAAGAAUGAUAAGAACUUUUAUUAUAGAAUUACUGCUUUAAUUUAAAAACUUUGGAUUAAGAAGUCCUUCAUUAGAUAGAUAAUAAGUAUCUUCUUAAACUUUCCAAUAAUUAUUAAAAUCAUAAAUGAAUCACAAUUUUAUAAAGAUUGUUGAAACUGCCCUAAUGAAUACUUUCAUGAAGGAUAAAGAAUAAUUCCCAGAGUAGACUACUAAUAAAUUAAUGCAAUAUUUAAAUUUUAUAUUUGAAGGUAAAACUGAAGUACUUGCAGAUAGUGAAUCAAGUGGAUUUUUAGAAAUUCUUAUAAAAGUAUUUGAAAUUGAUAGAUAAUCAUAAGCGUAACUGAUAUGCGUUAUUUAAUUUAUUUUACAAUUGUUGUUUAAAGGUGAUAAAUCUAAUGCAAACUUUGUAUAAUAUGAAAGUUAAAUCUAAAUCUUACAAGACGAUAAAAAUAAAAGUGCAUGGGAAUUUAUUAAAGCUAUUAUUGAAGUUGAUCAUUCAAAAAAUAUCAAUGUAUUAAUUUCUAAAGCUUACUAAAUUUUAAAGAAUAAUAAUUUGGGAAAAUUUUCUAAAUAUUCUAAUCUUUUAGUAUCCUUGAGUUCAAUUGCUCAUGUAUAGAGUUAUCCAAAUAGUAAUCUUGAUUAAACUAAAUUAAUGAAUGUUUUAUUGUAUCCAUUAAUGUGGUUAGGAUCAACUUUAGAAAAUGCAAAAGAACCAUUUACAAAAUUUGCUUAAUUCUCAAAAGAUUUUAUUGAAUAAGCUUCUCCAGAUGAUUUCUCAUAAGUAUUGGAUUAAUUUUAUGAUUUUGGCAAUAAAGAAAACAAUUCUCAAUCUGCAAUAACAGAAAAAAAUGUUAGCUUUUAUAAAGAUUCUUUAUUAGCUUGGUGUCAAUAAAAUUAAGAAAGUGAUUUAAAAUCAUUUUUUGAUUUUGUAAAAGGAAAAGUAUUUGACAUUUCAUAACUUCCACCUCCUCAAUAAAUAAUAAUUCAAACAUUAAUUGAAUUAUUAUUUAAUAAUAAAAUUCAUGCAGAUCCAGAAUAAAAAAUCUUAAAAUAAUUUAUAUCUGAAGUUACUAAAAUAGAAGCUUUAAAGAAUUAGAAAGAAGUUAUUGAAGCUACAAUUAUUAUGUUUAGUGGUUUAUCAGAUCCAAAAGACAUAAAAGGUGAUAAGUUUUUAAAAGCUAUAUCUACAUUAUUAUCUAAUUAUAAAGAAAUAGGAGAGAUUAUAAAAAUGAUAUUCUUAUUUUAUUAAACUGAAGAUAUUGAAAAACUAAAAGAUUUACCUUAAUAAAUAUAAAAAGGAUGUUUCAAUAAUCCAUAAUUAUAUGGAUCAAAAUUUGAUAGUAUACCUUUAGCUUAAUUAUUUUUAAUUGCUUCAAAUGCAUAAAAAAUGAUAAAAUCAAUGGAAGAUUAAAAAGAAAUGAAUGAAAAAGAAUUAUUAAAAGCUGUUAAACCUGUUUUAGAACCUAUGUUUGGAUAAAAAUCAGAAAAGGAUUUAUAAAUAUUAAUAAAAUGUAUUGAAGCAAUAAUAGCUAUAAAAUACAAAAAAUUUAAUGAGGUUACAUCAGAAUUCUUUUAAGUUAUGAAAAUAUCAUAAUCAAAUAGUCAACUUUUAAUAGGUUUAAUGAGAGACUUUUAAGUAGGAUUAUAAUCACCUUAAUAAUUGAUAAAAGAGAAAAUGGCUUCAUUAGUAAAUCCAAAUACAGUUAGAACUAUGUAGUACAUGAAUUCAGUUAUGAGUAAAUUAAAUGAUAAUAGAGAGUUAUAAUAUGAAGAUAUGUUUAGAGUUUUAGAUAAAAAUGGAUAAAGAUAAGUUAAAGCUAAUGAUGUAAUUGAAUUUUUAAGAAGAAUUAAUAUUGAAAUAACAGAACAUAAAUUUAGAGAAGUAUUAGUAACUAUAAAAGGUGAUUAAGUAAAUAUUUAGACUUGUAUGAUUGAUUUCUACGAAUUUAAAGAAAUAAUGUAAGAAAUAUCUGUUUAAACAAUGUUUUUAAGUUUGGAAUAUUUAGGAAUAUCAAAACCUUUGUUAAUAAAAGGCUUAAUUGUAUUAAUAGUAUACUUAGUAAUUGUUUUGGCAUUCAUUCUCAUAGGAGUUUAAGCAUUUGCUAUACCAGGUACUUUUGCAGCUAUAGUUAAUGCUGCUCUACCUAUGAUUGGAGGAUUAGGAUUGAAUAAAUAAGCAGCAGAAGACAAACUAAAAGCUUUAAAUUUAACUGCAAUUUUAGAUGUUGUCAAAAAGGCUGUUAAAGUUAUUUAGUCAAGAAGAAUAUGA